GCAUUAUUGUGCACCAUUUUGACGAUGUAAUGAUAAUGCUUUUUAAUCAGCAUCUUGAUGUGCCACACCUGUCAGCUGGAUGGAUCAUCUUGGUAAAGCCAGAUGACCCCAGACAAGAUCCAUAGUGUUUGAUUGAGCACCAAAAAUCUGAUGAGAUGUUGGACUCAGAUGACUGCACCUUGUCCCUGGACAAUCUCUUUUUUGAGAGACCCAUUGUCCAAAAAGUAAAGCCACUGCAUCAGGAGGUCAGCCCAUGGCAAUUGGAAGUGCCUCCAUCUUUUUCUCAGGUUCCAGCCACUCAGGAUAUGCAGAAGGAGGCCGAGUCUCUCUCUACACUAUACAGUUUUUCUCAGAGACGCAAGACGUUCCUGCCUUCUUUAAAAGGAUCAGCUGGCCUUCAGGUUUUACCAUCAAAAAUCGACAGUCCUUACAAUUACAACAAUGACAAGAUAGAGCUUGAGGAAACUCAGGGUGGCCGCAGCAGCACUAGUGAAUGUGAUGGCCUUUGGGGAGUUGAAGGGUUCGGGGAUUACUUUUAUGGUGCUGGCCAGAGUGGCAGAGCUGGAGAUGAAACCCUGCAGGCCUCUGGUCAUGCGGCCAUCAGCAGGAGGUAUUUGUCUCUGGACGACAGCAAAAGCCCACCUCUACGGAGAAGCUUGUUCAAGGUUCAGGUGUUGAACAGCGGAGGUGACACGUCAAACACAGAUGACCUCAGAAGCAGCGACAGCAGCAGCCAGACAGCAUCCAGACCUCAAACUUUUCUCAGUCCGGUUUCCAUGGCGACAGUGCCUCCUCCUCUUCAGCCGCCACGGGCGACAGUUAGCCAGGCAGCUCCUCCUUUUUCCCCCAAGCCCCCCCUCCCACCCCCUCCUCUGGGCUCAUCUGCAGCAAGUGGCCAAUCCCCGCAGCAGGCGGCACAUGCUGAGAUGCAGGAUAAGGGCACAAAGAGAGCCUUCGUUCCGCCCAUGACGCCUCAGCCGCUUCGCAUACAAGGGUCCUCUGGGUCUGGAGUUUUGCGACCAGUUUCUGAGAUACCAGCAAAGUUCAGAUCCGUCUUCAGCGACUUCCCCUUUUUUAACUACGUUCAGUCCAAAGCACUGGAUGAUGUUCUUUACACAGGUAAAAACUAUGUGGCAUGUGCUCCCACUGGAUCUGGUAAAACAGUGCUGUUUGAGCUGGCCAUCAUUCGUCUGUUAAUGGAAACCUCAGAGCCGUGGAGAGAUGUCAAAGCUGUCUACAUGGCCCCCAUCAAAGCUCUCUGCAGUCAGUGCUUUGAGAGCUGGAAGAAAAAGUUUGGUCCUCUGGGGCUGAGCUGUAAGGAGCUGACGGGCGACACAGAGAUUGAUGACUUCUUUGAGAUUCAGGACUCCCACAUCAUCCUGACCACACCUGAAAAGUGGGACAGCAUGACAAGAAAAUGGAAGAACAACUGUCUGUUGCAGCUUGUCAGGCUCUUCCUCAUUGAUGAGGUCCAUGUGGUGAAGGAUGCGACCCGUGGUGCCACGUUGGAGGUUGUGGUGAGCAGGAUGAAGGCCGUACAUGCCUACAGAACGGCACAGAAUCCUGACACGGGCCUCUCUAUGAGGUUUGUGGCUGUCUCAGCCACCAUACCCAACAUUUCUGACAUAGCAGACUGGCUGUCUAAUGAGAGCGGUCCAGCCACAUAUCUUGACAUGGAUGAGAGCCACCGUCCAGUGAAGCUGAGGAAGGUGGUGCUGGGAUUCCCUUGCAACCCGAACCAAACACAGUUCAAAUUUGACCUGUCACUCAACUACAAGAUGGCCAACAUCAUACAAACGUACUCUGACCAUAAGCCUGCACUAGUGUUUUGCUCUACAAGGAAAGGAGUCCAGCAGUCAGCUGCAGUUUUGGCCAAGGAUGCUCGGUUUAUCAUGAGCAUUGAGCACAAGCAAAGGUUGAUGAAAUAUGCAAACUCUAUUCUGGAUUCAAAACUAAGAGAGCUGGUGAUGUUAGGAGUCGGUUACCACCAUGCAGGAGUUGACAUGUCUGAUAGGAAGCUGAUAGAAGAGGCCUUCACUGUUGGAGACCUGCCUGUCCUCUUUACCACCAGGACUCUGGCCAUGGGGGUGAACCUGCCAGCUCAUCUGGUGGUAAUCAAAUCUACCAUGCAGUAUGUGUCAGGCUCCUGUGAGGAGUACAGCGAGGCAGACUUGCUGCAGAUGAUAGGCCGAGCUGGGAGACCACAAUUUGACACGUCAGCGACUGCAGUGAUCAUGACCAAGAUCCAAACCAAAGACAAGUACAUGACGCUCAUGAAUGGGGUGGAAAUUAUUGAAAGCAGCUUACACAGUCACCUGAUGGAGCACCUGAAUGCUGAGAUUGUUCUCCAAACCAUCAGUGAUGUCAACAUGGCUCUGGACUGGAUACGCUCCACCCUGCUCUACAUCAGAGCCCUCAAGAACCCCACAUACUACGGUUUCUCUGCUGACUUAGACAGAUAUGGAAUUGAGGCAAAACUGCAAGAACUGUGUCUGAAGAACCUCAACUCUCUGUCCUCCAUUGGUCUGAUCGACAUGGAUGAGGACAUCAACAUCAAACCAACAGAGGGCGGCAGGUUGAUGGCUAGGUACUGUGUUGCCUUUGACACCAUGAAACAGUUCAGCAAAGUGGCUGGCACUGAGAACCUGUUUGACCUGAUUGAGUUGGUGUCGAAGAGCAAAGAGUUCAGUGACAUUCAGUUGAGGAUGAAUGAGAAGAGACACCUGAACACCUUCAACAGGGACAAGAACAGGAUCACCAUCAGGUUUCCCAUUGAUGGAAAGAUCAGAACCAGUGAGAUGAAAGUAAACUGCUUGAUUCAGGCUUAUUUGGGUUCCAUCUCAAUUCAAGACUUUGGACUGACACAGGACACAGCAAAGAUCUUCAGGAUCGGGAUACGUGUCAGCAAAUGCCUUUCAGAGUUUCUGAGUCACCAAUCCAAGAUGGGUUUCUCUGCUCUGCUCAACUCUCUGAUCCUGGCGAAGUGCUUCAGAGCCAAGCUUUGGGAAAACUCACCCUAUGUUUCCAGACAGCUGGAGAAGAUAGGCCAGACCCUGUCUACUGCCAUGGUGAAUGCUGGACUCACCACGUUCAGCAAAAUAGAGCAAACCCACGCCAGGGAGGUCGAGCUGAUUCUUAACAGACAUCCACCAUUCGGAAACCAAAUCAGAGAAUCUGUCAUACAUCUUCCGAAGUAUGAAGUUACUUUGGAGCAGCUUCCGAGGUAUAGCUGCGCUACAGCGGAGAUUGUGGUGAAGGUGAACCUUAAAAACCAAGCACAGCUGCUGUUCAGGAGAACAGCUCCGGACCACCACUAUGUCUCUCUGAUUAUUGGGAACUCUGACAACAUUGUGGUCUUCCUACAGAAACUGACGGACUCGGUGCUGUUGAAGUGUGGUAGCUGGUCGAAGAAGAUUGAAGUGGCAAAGGCCUCAAAAGGAGAGGAAAUCGUUGUCAACCUCAUCAGCUCACAAUACGUGGGCCUGGACAUCCAACAGAAAUUCAGCGUCUCCUACUCUGGAGCCAGGAGGUUUGGAACUGAUAUCCCAUACAACAUGCCAUAUGAUCCUACCAGGCAGAGACCGCAGCAGUCUGCACUGAGCCCACAGUCUGCAGCUCAAGCUGCAACUCAGAGAGAAAAUGUCACGACCACUACAGACCAAGAUUCAGGUAAUAAAAGACAGUGCAACCACUUCUGUAAGAAUAAGGAUCUCUGUGGCCACGACUGCUGUAAAGUAGGUGUAACUGUGGCACGGAAGAGGUCAGCAAAUCAAGAAUCCAGUUUCUCUUCCUACUUGAAAGACCUGAGGAGCAGGUGUAACACACUCGCCGAGACUCCUGUCAAACGACUCAAGAUGAAAAUUAUUGAGGAGUCUGCGUCUGUCAACAUGCAGGAGUUUGCUUACAAAACCAAAGAGAGGCUACCUGCUGGUUCCUGGUAUGGAGGAAGUCACUAUGAAGCGUCAAUUAGACCUCAUGCAGAGACUGUGGAUCUGACAGGAGAAGACUGUGUUCACCUGCCAGACAUAGUUCAUCUGGAUGCUGACGAUGAUUAUGAUGACUUUGUGGAGGACAUGCACACGAUGAUGGAAGAGCCGGUCCAAACACCUGCUGCGUCUCAUGCUCACCAUCAAAGUUCCUCGGUGUGGAUUAACCGAGGAAUGGGUGUUGCUGUGAGUCAGAACCAUAAACCGUUUCUAAAUCAGAUCAAUACAACCAACUCAGCUCAGUCAAAGACGUCUGCUGCGGUGUCAAACCAGGGCGCUUCAUCCUCACACAUACCAACCGUCAGCUUUGACCUUGGAAAUGAAUGGGACGACUUUGAUGACGAGAACUUGGUGAAUGCCAGCGAGACAUCGGUGACCUCAUGCUCAACUGAUGUUAGACCUCAAGUUCAGCAGUCUGUUGACUGCAGCCUGCCAGGUGGAGAAAAGAGCUUCACUGCUACAUCUGCACCAAUGUUAAUCUGUCACUCACAAAUCAAACCCUGUAUCACCACGGCCAGAACACCACUCAGGUCGAUUUCACCAACUCUGAGUCCUGGAAUCAGAGCAGCAGGACCGUCAGUGGUCGCAGUCAAACCACAGAACAGAAUCACACUCGACUGGAAUAAAAAGAGACAAAGCAUAUUCAGAGAGGAGAUCGCAGUCAGAACUCCAGAAAAUCUCCCAAAGCAGACUGAGACCCAUGUGGCCCCUCUUACCAGACGGUUUGAUUUCUUCUCAUCAAUGAGCGUCCCAUCCAACAUCAGCUCAUCUUUCAACAGAAGCACCAACUGCAAAGAAGAGGAAGCUUUCCUUGGGAUAUUUGAUGGUAUAUUUUAG